GUAACCCUAGUUAUACCCUAAUAAACGAUCCGAUGAUCAUUAAUUAAAUUGAUCACCAAAUAUGACUCCACAGUUUUCCACUAUUAAAAGAAAUUCUCAACCCUCGAUCCGAGAAACGUGACAUACGCGUGACUGACACAUAAUAAAUCAUCCGGAACAGUUUAGCCGUUUCUGGAUUCCAAUGGACGUUCCUGUAUACAGUCUGAUUAAGUGAUACGAUCCGAAACUUAAAAGAAAUAAAAUAAAAUAAAAAAUAAAUUUAUGACAGGCAUAACAAAAAAGCAAUAAAACCGGUAUAAGGGACGAGAUGAAUUGAUAAGUUAAAAUUGGCUAAUUACUAUUUAAACCUUUUACAUUUUCCAUUUAUUGAUCUUUAUACUAUAUCGUCAUACUAUUUACUUAUUAUUUUAUCAUUAUAUAACAAUCAAUCCAUUGCAUAUCAUAUCAUAUCUUAUCACUUAAUAUGCCUGAUUUCACAUCAAUAAAGGAAUCAAAACCUUAUAAAAUCAUAAAAACUGUAAUAGACUUCCUCAUCAAACAAUGGUUUUUUGUGGUAUUGGGGUGUUUGGUCGCUAUAGCUCACUCUUAUCCCAACUUUGCCAGACAAGGGGGGUUAAUUAGAGCAGAAUAUACCAUUGGUUAUGGUGCAGUGGCUGUUAUUUUCUUAAUUAGUGGAUUAUCAAUGUCAACUAAAGAUUUAGCUAAAAAUACCCUUAAUUGGAGAGCUCAUUUCACCGUGUUAUCCACAUCAUUCCUUAUCACUAGUUCAAUCAUUUAUGGUUUAGCUACUGCCAUUAGAGCCAGUAAUGAUGCUGAAAUUAAUGAUUGGUUAUUAGUUGGAUUAAUCGUUACUCAUGCUUGUCCAACCACUGUUUCUUCAAAUGUGGUGAUGACAAAACAAGCUCAUGGUAAUGAUAUCUUAACUUUGUGUGAAGUCUUCAUUGGUAAUAUCUUGGGAGCAUUCGUAACUCCAGCUCUUUUACAAUUAUAUAUGACAGGAGGCUGGGAAUUUGGUAAUCCAAGUCAUCAAGCAGGUGGUGAUCAUACUAUUACAGAUUUAUAUAAAUCAACUAUGAAACAAUUAGGUUUAUCAGUGUUCGUACCUCUUUUUGUGGGUCAAGUGAUUCAAAAUUUAUUCAAUAAACAAACUAAGUGGUGUUUAUCAACUUUCAAAUUAGCUAAAGUUGGUUCAUUCAUGUUGAUCUUAAUUAUGUUCCAAUCAUUCUCCACUGCCUUUUAUCAAGAUGCUUUCACUAAAGUAAGUCAUGUCUCAAUCAUAUUCUUAGUAUUCUUCAAUAUCGGUAUUUACUUAUUCUUCACCGUUUUAACUUUCUUUUAUGCUAGACCAAUCUUUAUCAAAAGAAUAUUUAAUCAUCCUCCAGAUGAAAAUUCAACUAGAUUAUAUACCAUCACUUAUAAGAUCUUCAGACCAUUCUACUAUAGUAGAAAAGAUACUGUCGCUAUCAUGUUAUGUGGACCUGCUAAAACUGCAGCUUUAGGUGUAUCAUUAGUAUCAUCUCAAUAUGGUUCUGAUAAUCCAAAUUUAGGUAUUAUUUUAGUCCCAUUAGUGUUAUAUCAAUCUGAACAAGUUAUUUCUGCUCAAGUGUUGACUAAUUUCAUGAAAAAAUGGAUUCACGCUGAAGAACUUAAAGAAGAUGCUGAAAAUAAUCUCCCACCAAAGAAUAUCGAUGGUAAUGGGAAUGAAGUAGAUGAUAGUGCCGAUGUUAAUGACGAAGAUGAUGAUAGUUCCGAUCAUGUGUUAAGACAUGAAACUUCCAUUUCAAACGAUUCAAACGACCAUAAAUCAAGAGAUAUAGCUAUAGUUCGUGAGUGAUAAUUUUACAUUCUCUUUUCCUAAAUAUUUAUUAAACGCAUUCUUCUUCCUUCUAUAUAAUACCUUCCU